AUGGCUCACAACAGUACCGAGCAUCGAUCGUAUGCGAACGAGCGACCCGCGUCGUUGUCAGGGUCUGGCGAGACGACAGACAUCGCUACGGAUCCUGCCAGUGGAGGAAUAUUUGCAGCUGAUUAUAAAAAACAUGAAGAUUUAAAGCAAAUGCUUGAUAGUAACAAGGAUAAUCUUAAGCUGGAAGCGAUGAAAAGAAUCAUUGGGAUGGUGGCUAAAGGCAAAGACGCUUCUGAUUUAUUUGCAGCUGUAGUGAAGAAUGUAGUAUCUAAAAAAAUAGAAAUUAAAAAGCUAGUGUAUGUUUAUUUGGUGCGGUACGCUGAGGAACAACAAGACUUGGCGCUGCUGUCGAUAAGUACAUUUCAAAAAGGUCUCAAGGAUCCCAAUCAGUUGAUCAGAGCCUCAGCUUUGAGAGUUUUGUCUAGUAUACGAGUACCAGUUAUUGUACCUAUAAUGAUGUUAGCCAUCAAAGAAGCCGUCAAUGACAUGUCACCGUAUGUAAGGAAGACUGCUGCACACGCCAUUCCAAAACUCUACUGUCUUGAUCCAGAGUUAAAAGAACAAUUGAUUGAGGUGAUUGAAAAGCUGCUAUCUGACAAGACAACUCUUGUUGCAGGUAGUGUUGUGUACUCUUUUGAAGAGGUCUGUCCAGAGAGAAUUGAUUUAAUUCAUAAAAGUUAUCGUAAAUUGUGCAAUCUUCUUAUCGAUGUUGAAGAGUGGGGCCAAGUUGUUAUUAUUAAUAUGCUAACAAGAUAUUCCAGGACACAGUUUUUAGAUCCUAACGCAGGGGAGGCUGUUGCCGAGGAUCUUCCAGAGAAUUUUUACGGAUCUGACGACUCUGACAAAGAAGAAACUAAUGAGGCUGUUGUGGUUAAUGUAAAGAAACCAUACGUCAUGGAUAGUGAUCACCGACUGCUGUUACGAAAUUGUAAACCGUUGUUGCAAAGUAGAAAUGCAGCGGUUGUUAUGGCUGUAGCACAGCUAUAUCAUCACAUAGCACCUAAAAGUGAAGUGGGAAUUGUAGCUAAACCAUUAGUAAGACUAUUAAGAAGUCACAGGGAGGUGCAAUCCAUCGUACUUAGUAACAUUGCUACCAUGAGUGCCAAGCGACGAGGGAUGUUUGAACCAUUCCUGAAGAGCUUCUUUGUCAGAGCCAACGAUCCAACUCAUAUAAGAUUAUUAAAACUGGAGAUCCUAACAAAUUUGGCAAGUGAGACCAGCAUAUCAACGAUACUUCGAGAGUUUCAGACUUAUGUGACAAGUGCUGAUAAGAAUUUUGUAGCUGCUACAAUCCAGGCUAUUGGACGAUGUGCGAGCAAUAUCGCUGAAGUCACUGAUACGUGCCUCAAUGGACUGAUGGGACUCAUGUCAAACAGAGAUGAAUCUGUUGUUGGUGAGAGUGUCGUCGUGAUGAAAAAAUUACUACAGAUGAAUCCCACAGAACACAAAGAAAUUAUCCGACAUUUAGCACGGUUAACUGAGUCUAUUUCUGUGCCGAUGGCCCGUGCUAGUAUUUUAUGGUUGAUUGGUGAAUAUUCAGAUAGAGUACCCAAAAUAGCACCUGAUGUGCUCCGUAAAAUGGCAAAAACAUUUAUUACUGAAGAAGAUAUUGUUAAAUUACAAAUUUUGAAUCUAGGAGCUAAACUCUACUUAACCAAUUCUAAGCAGACCAAACUUUUGUGUCAAUACGUACUGAACCUUGCAAAGUAUGAUCAGAACUAUGAUAUUCGGGACCGAGCUAGAUUUCUCCGACAGUUAUUAUUUCCAAGUGAGAAAGGAGGAGCCCUUAACAAGCACGCAAAGAAGAUGUUCCUGGCCUCCAAACCGGCCCCCGUGUUAGAAUCACAGUUCAAAGAUCGUGAUCAGUUCCAGUUAGGUUCCUUGUCUCAUAUUAUCAACUCAAAAACCAUUGGGUAUCACGAACUGCCAGAAUUUCCAGAAGAGGCGCCAGACCCGACAGUACGAAAUGUAGAGAUGCCUGCCCCAUGGGAUGAACCAAUGUCCACUGGUAAGAUAUUCAAGAAAAUGAAACCUAGGAAAUUCUACUCUAGUGAUGAGGCUGAAGAAAGCAAUUCAGAAAGUGGAUCAGACAGCAGUGACUCCUCAACGACCUCCUCGGAUUCCGACAGCGAUUCUGACAGCUCCAGUGAUGAAGAGAGUGAAGAGGAAGAGAAAAGGAAAGUCAGAAAGAAGAAGAGAGUUGUGACGAAGUUAGACGAGGAUGAGAGCAUUGAGAGUAACAGCGACUCAUCGUCUUCUUCAUCUUCAUCAUCGUCUAGUGAUAGUGAUUCGAGUGAGGAGAGUAGCGAAGAGAGUGACUCAGAUGAGAAUGAAAAAAUUAAACUCCAGCCUAAAACGAAAACCAAGCCAGUAGCAUCACCAAAGAGAGAAGGAAAGAAACACAAAUCAUCCGACAAAACACAACAAUCACAAGUGCAGCUUUUAGACUUUGAUGAUAUUGGUUCACCCCCUAGUACUGUAACUAAUCAUAUACAAGACCAGAGUGUAUUGGUUCCAGUGUUAUCAUCAGAUCUGCAGGGUUUAUCACUGAACAAUGUGGGCAAUAUUUCUGUCACCACUGCCAUGAAGUCGCCAACACAGACGCAUGAAUUGCUGAAUCGCAUGCACGGCCAGGGUCUGAGCGCGGUCUAUAGGUUUACAAGGGGGACGUGUAUAUACUCCACGACUAUGGUGCCGAUUGAGUUGACGAUUACAAAUACCAGUGAUGUGGUUAUCAAAUGUAUAAAAAUGGGUGAAACUAAGCUGAAAGGUGACAUGAAAAUACAUCAAUUUCAAGAGAUUCCAUCGUUGGCUGUCGGGAAAUCAGUCAAUACAUCUUUAGGAAUUGAUUUCGCGGACACAACUCAACCAGCAAACUUUGAAAUCUGCACUGAAACUAGGAAGUUCAACGUGACAAUCAAUGCACCGGGUAGGAGUAAGCUCCGGGGCAUGAAUGAGAAUAUUGGCAAAGUGGAAAUACCGGCCGCUAACAAUGAAAGGAAAAAAAUCAUAGAAUGCAUUGCCGACGUGGCCAACGUACAAGUAGUUCCACUGUCUGACUUAGAGGAACAAGUUUACCGGUUAGCUGGUCGUACAGCGUCAACAGGAGCUCUAUGUCUCGUCAGUGUGAAGUCUAAUGACAGCGGAGAGGGCUCCAUUACUGUGAACUGUGAGAAAAUGGUGAUAGGCAAUAUGUUAGUCAAAGACAUCAAAAAUUCUCUAAGUAAAGUGAAAUGAUAUUCAUAACUUCAAAACUCAACAAAAGCUGUCUUGAAUGUCUUAGACUUAGAAUCUAAAUGUUGGUCUUUUUCUCACUUUAAACUGUUUAUCCUCUCGUGUAUAUCAAGAUCUAGGACUACCCUUGCAAUAGCUAAUGGAGCAGAACUUUUAAAAUUGUCUAUAUGCAUUAAUUUUCUUUAAUUCAACCUGCUCCUUUUAAAGCGUCAUCUUCGCAACAUAGGUAAUGUAUUAUUCACAUGUUGUAAACGUUGCAUGUGACCCAUAGCGAACAUGACCCGGCACAAUAACUGUGACACUUUAUCCCACAUUAAAAAAAAAAAUGCUAUCAUCUGUACUUGAUGCGCUUGUCUGUAUUUUUGUCUUCUCUCUUGGUUGUUGAUAUUUUUUAGAUAAUGUGAUAGUAUCACAUGCAAAAGCAUUUUGUGACAUUGGAGCCUGUUUUGUAAUUGUUAGUUGUGCAAUGUUUAUAUUGAACAAGGUAUUUAUUUAUUAAAAAUGAAACAAAAACUGUUGUUGGUGCAAUCUCUUGAUUGCCCAGCUGAUGCAUUAUACUCCUAAUCAUGAUUCUGUAAUGUCUCCAUCUUGUAGUAAAUUCUAAUAGCUUUAUGGAUUUUAUAACUUUCUUUUCUCUAAUGUUGAGGGCGCUUUACUCAACCAACUAAAGGCACGAGUUUCUGGGUAAGCUUAACUUCAAUAAAUACUAUCACUAUGAAUAAAUAUUCAUAUUUUUGUCACUCUGUGACACCAGUGCUCUAAACACACUUGCAACUUUCCUUGGUCUCACCGAAACUAUCUAAAACUAACAAAAUUGUUCACAUUCUGACUUAGAAGUGGUGAUAAUCUGGUUAUAUCUGUAAAAAUUGUUGCGUAGUCUUACUAUAUACUGUAAAACACAUUGAAAUAGCUACAUGCCAUUUUAGCUAAUUUGACCCAAUGCAUGAAUUAACAAAAUCUUAAUUUAGCUAAAGUGUUAAUAAUCUCAUUGUAAUAAUAUACUUUAUUUUAAAUUAGCGACUUCUUGAAUUAGCAAACUUUACAGAUUAGCUUAAAAUAGCAUGCUAGCUAAAAAGACAGGUUUUACAGUACCUUCAGUUGUAUUUACCUUUUUUUAGAAACAUUUCUGAUAAGUCUCAUUUACA